AUGCGUCGCGGAGAGCAGGGACAGGAACAGGGAGCAACCAGUACCGGAGCAGGAAACAGGAACAGAGACGGAGCCAGGGACAACGGAGGCAGAGAGCAGGAACCAGAGCGGCAAGUGGGGUACAAGCCGGGGUCCAGGACGAGACAAGGUGGCAAUGAUUGCGCUGAUGGGAUGCAGACGCACGCGGGACGAGCCAGGAACUCCACCCAGCUCCAGGUUCAUGCAGGGGUCCUGGCAGAAAACAACACCUCAACAGAGCUGAUCAGACUGAUGGGAGGGGCCAGUCGAUGUGCUGGGAUUGUGGAGGUGAAACACAAAGGAGAAUGGAGACGGAUGCAAAGCUCAUGGAACACCUGGAGCCUGUACGAUACAGCAAUGGUGUGCCAAGGCCUGAACUGUGGAUCUGCUCUUUAUGGAGGAAUAAAAUAUGGCCUUCCAAACAGCCCUGUUUGGGACAUUGAAGUUUGUUCGUGGGCAUCCACAGUGACAAACUGUAUUGCUGGUAUAGAUUUUACCUCAGAUAAAGGCCUGGAGGUGGUGUGUUCAGACUUUGUGCGGCUGUUCUCAGGGACAAGCACAUGCUCAGGAUCAGUGCAGGUCUGGGACCAGUCUUGGACCUGGGUCUGUGAAGGGGCCUUGGAUCAGCAGGGGGCAGAGGUGCUGUGCAGGGAGCUGGGCUGUGGGGUUCCUUUUCUCUUUCAGGAGGCACUCUCUCCUCUGGGGCAGACAUUCCACUGUGAGGGCGAUGAGUCUACCCUGAUGGACUGUUUCCACUCCGGCCCAAGGACAUGCUCCUCUGGGGCUGCUGUCAACGUCACCUGCUCAGAGCCGUUCAGGCUGGUGGGAGGGGCCAGUCGCUGUGCUGGGGCUGUGGAGGUAAAACAUACAGGAGAGUGGAGACGGGUGCAUCCCUUUAACAUCUGGGACCUGCACUCUGUAAAUGACAUGUGUCGAUACCUGGACUGUGGCACUGCUGUUUAUGGAGAAAAGAGAGGUGGUUUUCCACAGAGUCCUGUGUGGGAGAUCAAUGCUAAAUGUGUGAGGGAGAAGAAGUCUGUGGUGAGAGACUGUUUCAUGGAUAGAAUGACUUCUAGCGAGGGCCUGGAGAUGGUGUGUUCAGACUCUGUGCGACUGGUCUCAGGGCCCAGCAUCUGCUCAGGAUCAGUGCAGAUCUGGGACCAGUCCUGGACCUGGGUCUGUGAAGGGGCCUUGGACCAGAAGGGGGCAGAGGUGCUGUGCAGAGAGCUGGGCUGUGGGGUUCCUUUUCUCUUUCAGGAGGCGCUCUCUCCUCUGCGGCAGAUGUUCCACUGUGAGGGCCAUGAGUCUGCUCUGAUGGACUGUCCCCGCUCCAGCGCAAGGACCUGCUCCUCUGGAGCCACUGUGAACGUCACCUGCUCAGAGCCGCUCAGGCUGGUGGGAGGGGCCAGUCGCUGUGCUGGGACUGUGGAGGUGAAACACAGAGGAGAGUGGAGACGUCUGUUUAACCCCUAUAACCUUUGGCACAACUGGGGCCCUAAGACUGCAACUGCUGUAUGCAGAGACCUGCACUGUGGUUCUGCUGUUUCUGGAGACAAAAGAGAUGGUUUCCCACAGAAUCCUGUGUGGUACAUCAUACCUGAAUAUCUGAAGGAGUCUGCAGUGAGAGAAUCUAUCUGGGGGUCUGUACCCCAUACAAAGCUCCACUCCAUAGACUCAGGCCUGGAGGUGGUGUGUUCAGAUUUAUUGAAUCGGCCAAUCAUCUCCCUGUCUGUGUCUGACGGAGCUUCUGAGCCCCAGCUGCAGGGCGUCCAGGUGCUGCUGGGGUCCAAAUUCAGGGUCAGAUGCUCUGUGGAACCACAGUACCCAGGAGGCUCUUUCCAGCUACUAUCUCCCACUAUGGACCCUGUUCAGAACCACACACUGCCUGCUGUCAAUCACUCUGCAUACUUCCUGUUCUCUGACACUGGCCCUGCCCACAAAGGAAACUACAUUUGUGUGUACCAUCUGCAGGUGUUCAACCAAAGCUUCUCCUCUCAGAGCCACACCCUCCAGCUCUCUCUGGGAGCUCGAAAUUCAGACCUUCUCAUCCGAGUCCUGAUCAUCAUUGGGUUGAAGCUCAUGUACCUCCUUCCACUUUACUACUACUGGAAGAUCAGAGCCAGGAGGGGGCGCUAGAGUGAAGAUCUGGAUUCAGACCUGUUUGGAUCUAUAGGAGUUGGGUUGGGUUCAAAACAUCUGUGUAAAUAUAAGAAUGAGUUAAAUCAUGUUACUGCAUCUGUUCUAUUGUUACUUAUAGCUUUUAUAAUUGUGCAUUUGUAUGUGUUUUUACUGAAGUUAGAAUCAAAGUACCUGUGACUCAUUUUACUAAAACCAUUGUGAAGGCUAGCAGCUAUAGGGGUGAAUAUGGAGCGAGUCCCAUAUUUGGUUUUCCAACUACAACUAUCAUAGCAACCAAAGAGCCAAUCUGGCUGCACCUCUGUUUUAGCAGAGAGCGGGUACUUAGCAACGUUGUCAAUCAAAUCUGUUGCUAAAGCUAGCAGGAGCAACCUCGUGGAAAGAAGGCACCUGAUUUGUCUCUUAUUCAUGAAACAUUUUGAUUUACAGACAAAAUAGUAACAGUAGGGUCAUGUAGAGUGGGUUAAUACGAACAUUUUAAGACCAAAAUGACAAGUCUCACUUGCAAUUGUAGAGAGAGGGGCGACAAUUUUUCAAUGUAAAGUGAACUGGAUCCAGAGUCGAUGGAGCAGGAAGCUCUGUGUCCAUUUAUAUAUAUGGUCUAUGGGAAGUUACCAAGCAACCACAUUGUGGAAAUUAUCACUUGACUCAUAAAAAUACAAAAAACACCUUUAUUUUGUUGAAAUGUUUAAAAUAUUGGAAAAUUUAGCUUACCUUUUGGACAAAAUUCUCUCCAAUAGAACUCUCUACUUCCUGUAAUUUUGAACAUAUUUUACAACUUGUCUUCAUAAAUAGCUUCUUGAUUUGUGGUAAACUAUAAUUUAUAUUUACAACAGGUAUUAUCCACCAAAUUAAGUCAAAAUGAGAAUCAUGAAAACCUCUCAUGCACGUUAAAGUGAUGUAACGCCUCAUUCAUCCAGGAGUGGUCCAUGGUCAGGACAGAAAGGAAACAGAAACCAAGAGAAGUGGUGUACUUGCCUAUCAGGUUGGACAGGUGGAUUUAACAAAAAUAUCUCAAAAGCUUGAGAAGUGGAAAUUGCAGCAUUAUUUUUUUUUUUAAUAAUGUAUAAAACACAGUUGCAAUAGAAUAGAAUACUGCCUUUUUCCUCAAGGUGAAGUUAAGGAAGUGUAUUAUGUACUUUUCAUAUCCUCAUACCACGUGUUCUUCCUUAAUGUGAACUGUCAGUAUCUGUAUUGUGUACUUGAGAAACACCGCCCUGCUGAUAGAAGGCAAUGCAGUGGAAAUAUAACUUUAUUAUUUAACCUUUUAAACCUUACAUAAAAUACUGAACAAGACAUUUACUCUGGUCGACAUAAGCCAUGUUUGCAUUGGCUUUUUGUGAAUAGUUGAGGUCGGCUUUAGGACUAAAAAGUAUAAGGCAGGCCCUAUUUAGAUUUUGUUUAUUAAGAAAACAUUUGCUGUGUUCGGUUGACCUCACUUGCUCAUUUACUAGACCCCUGGCCCUGGAGUCGUGUACAGAGAAUUCCACCAUUAAACAUGACAUGUUUUAAUCUAUGACACCUGUGGAGGAUUAUCAUUUUAAAGUGUGAUUUUGAUAAAAGAAACAAGUCCACUGACAUCCGGGUUGGAAAAUUAUGGAGUGUAGUGGGUGCCAAUGUUGCUGUAAACAUCAUCAGCUCCAGAGCAGGAACAAGGAGGAGAUUUCAUGGCUCUUUUUUUUUUAAAUGAUCAGUGUAAAUGAGAUGUUUAAUGAACUCAUGUGUUGUAGUCUUCCUUAUCAUUGACUUUGUCUUAUAAAAUGCUGUUAUUCUAUAUGUGUUACAUAAUCUUAU